AUGUCAUGCCAAAGUACUGUAGAAAAGAAAAUUGAGAAAUUUGAUCCGAUUUAUCAUAGUCGAUUAGUUAACAUGGUCGUUAACCGUAUUCUUAAACACGGAAAAAAAUCAUUAGCUUAUCGAAUUUUUUAUCAAUCUCUAAAAAAGAUUCAACAAAAAAAAGAGAAAAAUCCACUAAUUGUUCUACGUCAAGCAAUACAAAAAUUAACUCCCAAAUUGAUAGUAAAAUCAAGACGUGUAAGUGGAUCCACUUAUCAAGUUCCCAUUGAAAUAAAAAAGAAAGAAGGAAAAAUACUUGCUAUUCGUUGGUUAUUAGAAUCAUCCAGAAAACGUUCUGGUCGAAAUAUGCAUUUCAAAUUGAGUUACGAAAUAAUGGAUGCUGCCAGAGAGAAAGGCAAUGCUAUACGCAAGAAGGAGGAGAUUCAUAAAAUGGCAGAAUCCAAUAAAGCUUUUGCGCAUUACCAUUAACCCACUAACUAUAUAAAUAGAUCCACAGAUUUGUUGCAUUCUGGCCA